AUGGUGGAUCAGCCAGAGGGCAGGGCGAAAAGAGUCAAAAGGCUCCCGAAAUGGUUACGAGAGGAGCAGGAUGUGGAUGUGAAAGGAGAUGCUGGGCCAUCAUCCACUCCAAGUCCAGUGAGGAAGACCAAGUCGCAUUACUCGAAGCACAGACCAAUCAAGGUGACGAAGCCGAGUAUCAAGCGUCCAGAUCAAAUGAGCAAAACUGCGAAGCAUCAGCACGGACCGUCUGGAUGUAGACAUAGGAGGGCGACCCUGACGAGCGAACAGCAAAGUGAAGAGAUUUCCAGGUCAGAGUCGGAUCGCCCACCGAUCGGCAAAGUUUCCUCAAGCACCUCAGGCUUGCAGCUUGUGGCUGGUUUGAGGCUGGAUCCAACGCCUGCCAAGACCUCAGAGUCAUCCCUGUUCGAGCCGAUCAGAUCCUCAGAGCAUCCCUCUCGCCCAUUGACACCGUCGACAUCCAAACCUGAGCCUUUGGUGCCUCCACCAUCCACCUCGCUACCUGACAUCAACAAAGGGAAACCCCCGGAUGGUGCCCAAGCGAAAUCCAGAGAGAGGAUUAUCCCACCUGAAGUUCACGACAACGAACGCAUCACAAAGACAGGAUACCCCUCCAGUCGAUUCUGCAAAGUCCUUCGAAUCAUAGCUAGACUCUCGCAUCGUGAUGCUGAACCGCUUGACAUUAGCCCGACCGCCCGUCAACAAGGCAUCCGUCCACAGCAAAGACCCCCGGUAUGGGCUGAGUCACGUCAAGAGCUAUGCGAGACUCUACCAUACUACCGUGCCUUUCAAUCUGGUCUAUACAUGUCCAAAGGCACGGCAUAUGGAUAUCUUCUUGAGGCGUUUCCUGCCCCAAGGGAUGUCUGGGCGCUUGAUGGUAAAGUCAUCAUCUCUCAUGGCGGCGGCCAGUGUACGCGCAUCGAAGAGGAUCAUCCAUGUCGUCAGAAUCAAGCGGUACUGGCUGCGGACCAAUCUCCAACCGACGCCAGGGUCGAAACGCUCAUCAACGCUUGGAAAAGGUCUACGCCAAUCGUAUUGAUCGCCGGAGAAGGGUACCAGCAAUUACCUUGGAAAUUGGGAUGUGCCUAUGCUGUGUUGGGAUGGUAUUGGAUCUCGUAUGUUUGGGUCGAAGCUGAACCUGUCGCGAGAGGGAUCAAGGGACCUUCGGGGCGAGAUUACUUUCAUCGAUACAAGGUCAGAUUUGACUGGGUCGAAUCGCAAGGUCAGCCAUGGUGGAUCAACAAAAAGACCGAAAGGGAGGAUCCACUUGAGCGAGUGACACUCGACUCGGAAGGGCUCCGUGAGCGAAUCAAGAUCGACCGACUCUGUGCGUCCUCAAAUGGUCAUAAUGCCAGAUGUCUCGACGCUCUGCGGCUUGAUCUGUCGACAAAGAGGACUGAGGCCAUCUUUGAUCCUACGACGGGUCUGUUGACCCCGCCGAUCACUCCGCCUCAGAAGGCUGUUCCAUCGCUCACCGCCGAAGCCCCCGCCACGGACAUCUCUCCAACCCAAUCGCAGCCUAUGAGCCAGGAAGAAUUCUCUUGUAAACUCAUUGGCGAGCCGCGACAGCCGGAACGCAUCUUCCUUCAGCCAUUUCUCCCGCUUGAAGAUCUUCUGAACGAAUGCUCUGACUGUUCUGAGUCGGACGACGACGACGAUCUGUCCGGUGGACCCUUGUCUAGCAAACUUGCCCGUAUGCUGCCGGGGAAUCAGCUCUUGCGAUCGAAAGCACCAUUUACUAGGUCUGAGCCGAUCUUCAACGCAUAUGUUGAUCGUUCCAAGAUCUGUCCGUCCUGCGGCGUGGCCACGCCACAGGUGUAUAUUGAAGGCUGGAUGUGCCUCUCACCUACCUGUCAUCAAUUCUGGAUGCUCAGUACGACAAUCGGUUUCUUUCCUCUUUCACCGGGUUUCAAACUGAGUUAUCAUCCCGACUUCCUUGAGCCCGUGAGUUGUCCUCCCGGCCUCGAACAUAUGCCAUACGACGUCGUUCCGGCCUUACCGGAGGAGCCGACGCAAGAUGCCGGCUCAGGUAGUCUCCUUCGAGGAUGGGUAUGUGAUCGAUGUGGUAGAGCCAACUGUCGAUACAGAUGGGACCGCUGGGAGUGUGUGAAUUGCAAGAAUAUCAAGCCUCCUCCUCUGAACGGCAGUCACACCACCUCAGCCGCCUCAUUGCAGUCUUUAUGUCCUGCGUAUCUUGGCGAUGCGGCCGUCCAUUCUGAUUCGGGGAUAGGCGUCAACAUUGAGACGAGGUCGAAAUUGGGCUUGACAAUCAUGGUUUAUGCUCUUCCGCGAGAAGCCGGCACGAUCUACCAUGUCCUUUCGAAUCGUUCAGAGCUGGCAGAUGGAUUAUGGGAGAAGUAUCAAGCUGCUGCUUCCCAGCCUGAGACGUCACUCUUCGAACGGCGAUCCCUGAGAAGUGCAGCAAUCAAAGGGGCGUUGCUGGCUCAACAUUUCGCCAUCAAUUCGGGCAAGGAUUACAAGUACAAUGUCGCGACUGCGAGUCUGCCCUUUGACCAGUCACCGAGCUGCAUCCUCGAUGCACUGACGUACAUCCGCUCCGUCUCCCAGACUGUCCUCAACUCUCGUGUAGACUUCAACGAGAUCCUAAGUGUCAUCUACCGUGAAGGUCAAAAGAUGUCCUGGCACGAUGACGGCGAAGAGGGUGAGAGAUUCUGA